CAUCACAAUUGAGUGUGCGACAUUUUAACUCGCAUGAAUUUUAUGGAUUACGAGACCUGUUUGAUGGUUUUCACAUGAUGUUAACAAACAGUUGUGAAGAUUUCGUCAUGACGCCUAUCAAGUGCCCACCACCAAAAAUCGUCGCUGUCAAAAGAUCUUUGAAGAAACCCAACAAGAAACUUAACAUCAUGGACGACGACGAGGAUUUUAAUAAUAAAGAAGGUUUCAUCAAUGACACUGACUCGAUCUCGUCUUUCGAUUCGAAAGAUCUCAUCGAGUUUGAACGUGACGAGCCGUUAAUAGAUUUAAGCGAAGACUUGCCUCCUGCCAUGGAAGAGAAGUUAAGUCAAGACACCGUCAGCAAUAAGAAUGCCAAAAAUUCCACAACAUCACUCUCCCUAUUAGAUUUGUUGGAAAUUGGAAGUGUAAUGAGAGCAAGCGAGACAGCAAGGUUGGGGAGCUGCGCAGAAAUGAACGUUUCUGAUAGAAAUCCUUUAGAGUUAAAGGCAUCAUUAUCAUCGUCAUUGCAAAAUAUUCCAGUCGAAUAUCCUGGCGCAUGUGCGACAUCGUCUGGGAAUACGGACAAAUUGUCUGCUGUUUUUCCACCUUUAUCAAUCCAACUAGAAAAUCCAUCGAUUGUGAAAAUUCGCACUCAUCACUCCGUGAAUGCAAAUAGUGAGAAACAAGAGACUUUUAAAGUUGUUGAAAGUGUAGAAAGUGUUGUUGAAUUAGUGCAAGAAGGAAUUGAUGAGAAAUUCGUAAAUUCAACUUCAAAAAGUUCACAUUCAUGUCAAAAAGAAAAGUUUGAUGAAAAUUCAUCAAUUUUCCUAUCGAAGGAUUCGCCCUGUUCUCGUCCAUUGUGUAAAAGUGAAAACUGCUGCUGCACGACCAGUGAUGAAAGUGUCGUUGAACGAAAAUUCACUGAUGAAAUUGUGAACAAAGAAAAAGAAAAUUUAAGCUUUUGCUUGCACAAUCAUCAUCAGAAUUUGCAGCAGCAGCAAUCGGGAAAAGAUGAUGUGGAUUCUGAAGUGAAUCUUAAAGUUCAGUUAAAGGUUAAUGAUACUAAAACCGAAGCAAGUGACAAAAAUAAUAAUCGUGAAUCUGUGUGCAAUCGAAAUUCGUUUGAUCUCGAAUCAUUGUCCUUAACUCGUGUCAGUCGCGAGUAUUUAACACGAGACGAGGAUUCGAACGAAAAGCUAAAGUUUCUUUCACCUCACACUUCGCAACGUAAGUUUCCACCAAAGUUCUACAGCUCCACAAACUCGUUAAACCAGGAUUGCUUCGAGGCGAGUUCACGUCUUAAAAGAUUAGAAGAAAGAUUCAAAGGAUUUUCAUACACAAAGAAAUUGCUGCGAAGUUCAAAAGUCUUUUCUAAGUCUGAAGAAAUUCUCAGCUCAUACGGUAAAGAGUCAAAAUCGUCCGAUUCAUUGAACUCAUCUAUCCAGUUUCCUUUGUCAACGACGACCUUAUCUGAAGAUUGUUUGCGUCAUUUGACCGAAGGACACGAAAGCGAAACUCAGAAAACUUCUGCUAAUAAUAAAAACGUCGAGGAGGAAAAACGAACGUCAUCGAGUGAUGGGAUUUCUGUUGAAGCAGUGCCUUUGUAUCAUACGAACAUAAUGCGAGAAACAAGUGGAAAGUUGCGUGGUCUUUUAAAACCAGCAAAUCGUCCACCACCCGCACGCAAGAAUCGUGUCGUGUUCGACGAAACACGAAAUGAGUUUUUUGAAGCCGAUUAUAUAAUUUUGAUACGCGAAGAUUGUCCGUAUGAUGAAGAAGACGAAGAGCCAUGUACGUGCGGUGACCAUGAGCUUGUGCGAAUAUGUUGUGAUGAAGGAUGUAAUUGUGGAUACACAGACGACGGACGAACGCCACCGAGCCCAAAAUUUGCUCCCCCAAUUGAGUUUGUUGAUCAAGCUACGUUGAGUCCGCCUGAGGGUUACAAAGACGGUGGACUACUUGACAGUGCUCUCAGUGGAGCUUUGGGGAAUCAUGUAUUCGGAGCUCAACAUAUUCAACAAUUGCAAGUCAUUCAGAGACUUCAGCAACAAAGGGCUGCGAUGCUUGCAGCCCGCGCAGCUGCUGCCAAUGCUUCUAAUCAACAACAGCCAUCAAGCAAUGCCGUCGAACCACAAGCUGUUUGUACUGAAUGCGCAGAAUGUGCCGAAUGCGCUGCUGCCAAACUCGCUGAACUAGAAGGAGAAUGCGACUCGCAAUGUUCAGAAGAACCGUCACCAUUGGAAGUUGUGCCACCUCAUGUCCUAGCUAUCGGUUCACUGGUUCCUGUACAAAAGUCAUCACCAGAGAAACGAAAUCAGAAAGAAAUCGUUGCAGGAGAAGAACGCCCUAAAUUUCUCACCAUUAAACCGACUGAAGAUGCUCAAGUUGAAGAUGCCAAUGUGGAAUUGCCGCCUCCAAAGCCACCAAAAGCAGCGACUUUACAGCCACCUGCACUUCCCGAAGGACGAAGCAUUUACGCAAGCUCACAAUCCGUCGAAAACAUGAAAAAUGAUUUAAACGCAACAGUUAUUCCUAAAUUUAAUGUUAAUGGAACUGCUCAUGCCAUAACGGGAAUAUUGAAAGGUGGAAAGUUGCGAAAGACUGAUACGGUUCAGAACGACGAAAUGAACAACACAACAUCGGAUGAAGAAACAAGUUCAAAGCGAUCAGUUCGUUUCAAUGAAGACAGUGGAAUUGGCGAGAGUCAAACUGAGACGACUGUCACUGAUGACGAAGGAAAACCUAAAGAAAAUCAACUUACUGAUUAUGUCACUCACAUGUCUUUGAAACGACACUCAAGUUUGUUCCACAACGCUUUAAGACCAAACUCAGCAGUCCGCCAACUGUUUCCUGCCAAAUCACCGACAUCGGCUUUAACACAUGAAGCUUUAAAAGCAUUUGAUGAAUCAAAACGCGGUGGAAAUUUACUGACAGCUUCACAAACAAUCACAUCCGGCGGAUCCGCAAGCUCAACAAGCACAAGUCCCACGCCAAUAACUCAUAGUGCAUCCGAUACGGAUACAAUCAAACGAACCAUCGAAAGAAAUGCUUUAAGACGUUCAUUGAUUAAAUAUGAGCCAAAGAAAAAGAUAGCAGCGAAAGAUUCAACAUCGCUCGAAGAACGUAUUAGACUAUUAACUUGUGACAUUGAUGAACCCGGUGAUAGUGACGGAAAUAGUUCUUUGAAUGCGAAUGACAUGGAGCGUCGUGAUAGCCCUGCAGGGGAAGAAAAUCCCCAACAAACGAAAUUCGAUAAAAGUUUCUCGCCAUCGUCGUCUGCUUCAAGUUCUUCGAGUUGCUCGGCAGGUUCUACAUAUAAGAAGAUAACUGACUUGUUCAACAAAGAAAAGCGACAAGAAAAGAUUCUUGAAACGGAUGAAAAUCCUAUUGUUAUCAUUCCUCAAGAUUGUCGCUGUCCAGCUGGGCCCGACAUUGGGAUGGGUGUUCAGAUUCAAGGUGCUCACACACAAAUUCAUCAACCUCCACCACCUCCACGCCAAACUGAAUCAAAACGACAUAUUUUAUCGACAACUUUAGCGCCAUUAACGGCAUGCGUUGCUGGUCAACGUGAUGACUUUUCGUAUUACAUGCUGGCGAAGCCUGGCGAUCGCACUUCAACUGCGAGUUCACAAACAACUGAUCAAUAUAGUAUAGGAGACAUUGAUGCUGCACUGCAAGAUGCUGACACAAAGAAAGUUGCACCAGAUGUGAUUGCUGGAACACCUGGUCAAGAGUCUGAUGAACUUGCGUCGUUUGCUCAACAAGAAGCUAAUCGAUUGGAUAGAAUAAAGAAACGUUACAGUUCAGAAUCAGCUCCAGCAUCUGGUGUCAAUUCUGACGAUGAUGAACAGAAUGAUUAUGGAUUUAAUAAACGUCCAUCAGUUCGUGGCAUCAAACCACGUUUCGGCUCAACAAAUGAGAUUUUACAACAAAUGCAAGAUCAAUUGUCACAGCCAACGCCUACUGUUUCAACGACAUCAAGUCAACAACAACCGACAUCAAGUCAAAUGCAGUCAAAUACACUUCCAAGAACGAAUGCUUCCGGUGCUUUGCAAAUAGCCCCUGCAAAGCAGCAACAUCAAGCACAUCAUCAACAUACAGCAUCAUGGAGUUAUUAUCCAGAUCAAGGGAAAAAAGGUAGCGGUGAAAAUUAUGGAAAUUAUUAUCACUUGCCAGCACAUGCACGUCAUAGUUAUCAUGGUCACGAAGCAAUUUAUCAGAAUUGUCAUACGAUGACAGUUCAACAGACUCAAGCGAUAAUUCCUGGUCAUGUUCAUCAGAAACUUUCACAACAAACAUCACAGCCACAGAUUCAAGCGAUUCAACACGCUCAGCAAAUAAAUCGAUUAAGUCAAUAUGCGAGAAGUCCAACAAGACGACCAGAGUCGCCACCACCGUUAAGAAAUUAUCAUCAGACAAUGGUGUUGAUUCCUUACAAGCCUGACGGAACUGGAUUUCCAGCCUAUGGAAUUGCCGGUGAGACGAGUGAGAAUAUUUACCAAAGACAACACAACAUUGUUGAAUAUCAGCAGGUGACGCAACAAACGAUUAGAGUUCCAAUUGGUUAUCCCUUACCGGGGAUGCAGCUUCAUGUUGUUUCGGGGGGUAAUCGAACAGCACCAGCUACGCCACAUUAUGCGACCUUGCCACGACAAAACUCAGCUCAAGGUUCACAGAAGUUUUCUUAUCCAGACAAACCAACGAUGGAACGAGGCGUGCCAGAGGGAGAAGCAGCUGCAGCUCAACAAACCGACAACAUCCCUUCAGAAACGUGUCAAGAAAUAGAAACUAACAAUAAUAAUAAUAAUAGUAAUAAUCAGACAGUGCCAGGAACUGUUUAUUAUGCAAUGAAUGUCUGACAAAGUCAGUAAGACUGCACAGACUUUCGUGCAGUUUUUGUAAUGUAAAGUUUUGAAAGAGUUUCGACAUUAUGUGAUGUGAGAUUCUUAAUGUGAGAAAGUAUUGAAGACUUUUCACGACAUUUUGUUAGCAUAAGAAGAAAAUCUUAAUGCUGAAUAUUUAUAAAACUCGCUUCAUACACACUACAUUGUCACUGAAACUUUGUAAUAACAACUGAAUCGAAUUUAUCGAAUCAUUUCAAGGAUUAACGACGGGAAAUGUUUUCAGAAACCUUAGAAAAGCAUGUCAAUGUGUUUAUUUGAUUGAAAUGUCUUAAAAUGAUUCUGUAAGGAAAUGUUUGUAAAAAAAUGUUAUAAAAAUAUUCUUUUUUUAUUAAUGAAAAGAAACGACGCGAUGCUCAAUAACUAAAGAAAAGAAAAAGAGAUCAAAGAUAUAAAAUGAAGAUGUUGGUGACUUACGACUUGCAUGUUUUAUGCUUUAUUGAAGCUUCAAAGAAGAAACAUCUCAUGCUUAAAAUUAAGUUGCUUUGAAUAAAGAAGAGAAUCAUUGUGAAGUUUCGUUACUUAUGAACGGCACCUCAAAUAUAAAAAGUUAAAUUGAGAAAUCCCAAACGAAUCCUUGAAAGUUAAACCAAAAUAAUCAGUAACAGUUCACAAAUCGCAUGUAAUCUUGUUAGAUAUUUAAGUGUUAUGCGCAAGCAUAUUUAAUUGAACACCAGAAAAACAUUAAAAAGUUUCUGUUAACUUUUAAAUUACUUGCGUUGAUCGACAUUGUCACUGAGUGACUAACAAAGUUUUAAUUUUAAUGUGCCUAGAAUAGAAAAUUUUCCUUUGUGAAAUUGUUUUUCUUAACAUUCAUUGGCUUCAUCACGUCACAUCCUGACAAAGGCAACAAAAAAUGUUCAUUAACCAACGUUUCGCACAAACCUUUAUACCUAAUUUCUCUCUUUAAUUACGAACUUAUUUGUAUUUAUAAAAAUCGAAGAAAAAAUUAUGAUGAAUGAAUAGAAGAUAAAGUUUAAUUAAAAUUGAAAAAGAAAUAUUUUAAUGAAGUAAUUAGGAUCAUUUUCUUUUCUUAAACGAUAUUUAGAAUAAAUAAAUGGAAAAUAAAGAGUAAAACUUUUUGAUUUAACUUUUUGUUUUGAAAUUCUUGGAAAUAAAAUAAUGAAAAUCUGAUAGGAAAGAAAAUUUUGCUUCAGGAUAUUUAAGGAAAAGUCAGAAUUCUCUAAGUUAAGCGAACAGAAUCUUCCAAAACAAAGAUAUGUCAGAAAAAUUUAACUCACGUAAUGUAUAUGAAAAGUCUAAAGACAAGAAUAGUGUUUAUGAUUAAAAUAUAUAAAAAUUAACAAAGAAAACAUUUUUGAAAAAAGAAUCGUUUAAAAAUAUUAGAAGAGAAAAUUAUAAAAUCAAUUUAUGCAAGAAGGAAAUUAAUAAAAAUUUGAAAAUAUAUAA